AUGGAUCUAUCCAUACAUCGUCCUCACAACAUCGGAGAUAUCCUGCAACAAAUCAUGACCAUUACUGAUCAGAGCCUUGAUGAAGCUCAAACGAGAAAACAUACGCUAAACUGUCAUCGGAUGAAACCUGCCCUCUUCCAAGUUCUCUGCGAAAUUAAAGAAAAAACAGGUUAG